CCACCGUCAGCUCGAGUGGAUAACGCGCUGUACCGUUUCGUCGUCGUCGUUUUCGUCGGUGCGCUCCCAACAUCAACACGACCCCGUGCCGGUUGCGGCAGCCGAGCCGGGGAGCACGGCGCUCUACGCGGUACAGCCUCUGCAGGGUCUUCAUCCUCCUGCUGCUCCGGCCGUCGGCGUCGUCGCCGUCGCAGCCGGCGACGAGCUCGGACUCAUUGGCGAGAUGGACAGGAGCUCCACGCCGCUGCUUCCUUAUCCGCGACGGAGGUCGCGCGCCGCGAGAGGAGUAGCGGCUGCUUCUUCUCCGGCCGCCCCUCGUCCGCUGCUCCGACCACGCCAUGGACCUCGUCAAGAUGAAAAUCCAGUGUGCACCGUUGUUCGCUGAAGUUGGUGAUGCAGGAGGUGUUCCAGAUCCAAGUAUGCGUGUCUCGGCUGAAGAAACAUUUCCUAUCCGAGCUAGGAGUGGAGAAAGAUGUCAUUUUGAAAUGCCAAUCCUGAUGACAAGCCCUGUUGUUCGUUCAAGUUGGUGCUGCAGUAGAACAUACCCCUGCCCUGGAGUUGUUCCAGAUCCAAGCAUGCGUGUCUCAGGUCAAGAAAUAUUUCCUGUCUGAGCUAGGCGUGGACAGAAAAAUAUGUCAUCCAGCGCCGGUCGUCUCCAGCUCCUCGUCUCAUCUUGCCGCAUCUCAUAGUGUUGACGUAUCACACGGCACCACCGGCAUCUCGAUGUCUCCACGCGCCUUUGCUGAAGCUUCGUCGUCGCAGCAACCGUCACGUCCGCCAAAUUAACAUACAAAUGGUGGGAGGAAGAGGAGAGGACUGAGACAGCAGAGACGGGGGCGAAUGCAAAAACAGAGCCACUCUAGCUGACGGGUGGGUCCCCUCUGAUGCGCGGGGCCAGGAUGACGUGGAAUACAAGGGAAGUAGGGUCGUGUAUUGCCGGAACUGAGGUUACAACCUUAGGGACUGUAUUAACAACGUAUUUUCGUGUACCAGAACCGUAUUGAAGCACUUCACAAGUACAAGGACUGAAUUGGACAGCGCCAGCGAGUACCAGGACUAAA